GCAGUUCCCCAAUAAAUGCUGGAAUAUUCCCAUCAGUUUACAAGAGCAUCAGAUCAUCACGAAGAGCUGAAAUCUGCCAAGACUGAGUUUCUUAACGAGGACAGAGAGAAGAUGAGAGAUCCAGAACCCUGCAGAAUCAGACACACUGAAGAUACUCAAGAACUAACAGAGCUGAUGGAAGAAAGCGAGGAGAGUGAAGAACUGAGUGAAGCAGAGGAGAAACAUCACGAGAACCCUGGAGAAAAACCUCUGAGUCGCUCAAAGACUAAAAAGACAUUUUUAAAGAAAAGAAGAGUCAAGAAAUCUUUGACCUGCUCUCAGUGUGGAAAGAGUUUCACAACCAAACAACAUCUUGAGCUUCACAUGAGGAUCCACACUGGAGAGAAACCGUUCACAUGUGAUCUGUGCGGGACAAGCUUCACACAAAAAAUACAUCUUACAAAACACAUGAAGACCCACACCGGAGAGAAGCCAUUCGUGUGUGAUCAGUGUGAGAAGAGAUUCGGAGAGAAGACCGGAGAGAAGCCAUUCGUGUGUGAUCAGUGUGAGAAGAGAUUCUCAGGAUGUGAUGAGUGUGGAAAGAGAUUCAAGUGCCAGAAGAAUCUUGAGGUUCACAUGAGAAUCCACGCUGGAGAAAAGCCGUUCACCUGCUCUCAGUGUGGAAAGAGUUUCACAAACAAACGUAAUUUUGAUGGUCACAUGAGAGUUCACACCGGAGAGAAACCGUUCACAUGUAAUCAGUGCGGGAAGAGCUUCACACAGAAACCACAUCUUACCAGUCACAUGAGGAUCCACACCGGAGAGAAGCCUCACGCAUGCGAUCAGUGCGGGAAGAGCUUCACACAUUCAGCAACACUCAAGAGACACAUGAGAGUUCACACCGGAGAGAAGCCGUUCACAUGUGAUCAGUGCGGGAAGAGCUUCCCAUAUAAACAAUGUCUGGAUCUUCACAUAAGCAUCCACACUGGAGAGAAACCGUUCAUGUGUGAUCAGUGUGAAAAGAGCUUCUCAAACAAACAAUGUCUUGAACUUCACAUGAGAGUUCACACUGGAGAGAAGCCGUUCACAUGUAAUCAGUGCGGGAAGAGCUUCACACAGAGACCACAUCUUAAGGGACACAUGAGGAUCCACACCGGAGAGAAGCCGUAUGCAUGUGAUCACUGCGGCAGAAGAUUUCUUGCGGCAUCACACCUGAAGAGUCACCUGACGGUUCAUACGAAGGAGAAGCCGCAUUCAUGUUCUGUAUGUGGAGAGUUUUCACUGCUGCAAAGUUUACAUAAACAUCAGAAAACACAUACUGGUAUAAAAGCUUACAUGUGCUUUGAGUGUGGGAAGACUUUUAUUUCAGCAAACUCUUUAAAACUGCACCAGAGGACUCACACUGGAGAGAAACCUUACAAGUGUUCACACUGUGACAAGAGAUUCAGUCAGACUGCAAGUCUGAGAAUGCAUGAGAGGAUCCACAGCAGAGAGAAACCACACACGUGUGAUCAGUGCGAGAAGAGUUUCGCUUUUAAACGUCACCUGAAGAUACACAUGAAGAUCCAUGCAGCGGAGAAACCAGAUCAGCGCAGUCUGAGAUCACGGUAAGUUCAUCUUUAUGUGCUGAGAAACAGAUUCUCUUCUGUGUAAUUUAGGAUAUUUUCACACCCAACACGAAUGUUCGGCACAAAAAUCCUGUCACAUUUACACAGGUGAGUAAAAAACGAUCCAUGGAGAAACG